AUCUCUGCCAGCCCAGAGACACUGAGUGAAGAAGAAAUGUUUCCAAAUACACCAGGAUGGUACAUUUCCCAGCUUCUCAGUUUUGCUGUAUGUUGUUGUUUGAAACCUGUUUCCCACGAGACUCUGGGAAAUGCAGGUGCAGGGGCCUGGUAGCAGCUGCCAUCCUCCGUACUCCGGGCUGGGUACCUGCUCUCCCGAGUUUUUGUCCCAGGCUGUGUGCUCAGACUUGACCAUGUUUGGGCAUGGAGGCUCGUCCCAGAUGGAGACCAAAGGCCGCUUCCCUGGAGACUGGAGAUGGGCUGGGAGCCCAAGCUUCCUGCUGGAGCUCAGGCAGCCUCUUUUGGGGUGGGGACUGGGGGCCAGGCAGAAAGAAAGUGUCUGCCUGCGGAAGACUCCAGGGCACCACCGGGGAGACCAAAUGACUGCUGUCCCCAGUGGACAUGGGGAAGAAGCUGGUGAUGGCCCAGAAGCGGGGAGAGACCCGAGCCCUCUGCCUGGGCGUGGCCAUGGUGGUGUGCGCUGUCAUCACCUACUACAUCCUGGGCACCACCGUGCUGCCCCUGUACCAGAAAAGCGUGUGGACGCAGGAAUCCACGUGCUCCCUGAUUGACACCAACAUCAGGGACCAGGAGGAGCUGGAGGGCAAGAAGGUGCCCCAGUACCCAUGCCUGUGGGUCAACGUGUCAGCCGUGGGCCGGUGGGCUGUGCUGUACCACACAGAGGACACCCGGGACCAGAACCAGCAGUGCUCCUACAUCCCAGGCAGCCUGGACAACUACCAGACGGCCCGCGCUGAUGUGGAGAAGGUCAAAGCCAAAUUCCAUGAGCACCAGGUUUUUCACUGCUUCUCGACGACUCGGGAGAAUGAGACCAGUGUCCUGUACCGGCGUCUCUAUGGGCCCCAGACCCUCCUCUCCUUUCUCUUCUGGCCUACCUUCCUGCUGACUGGGGGCCUUCUCAUUAUCGCCAUGGUCAAGAUCAACCAGUCCCUCUCCAUCCUGGCAGCCCAGAAGUAGACCCAUCUACGCUGUUUACCUUUCCCAGGGCACCUAUUAGAAUAACCACUUAGAGUUAAGACCACGAAAAGUUACUGACCUCUGGCCCAACCACCUU